CAUUAAUGGGGGACACCACCACCAUGGCCAACUCCACAUCCCUUAUGGGCGCUGGGAGGAACUCAUGCACCUUCCAUGAGGAGUUCAAGCAGGUCCUGCUGCCCUUGGUCUACUCAGUGGUGUUCACAAUGGGGUUGCCCUUGAACGCUGUGGUCAUCGGGCAGAUCUGGGUGUCCCGUAAGGCUCUCAGCCGCAGUAUGAUCUAUAUGCUGAACCUGGCCGUGGCUGACCUGCUCUACGUGUGCUCCCUCCCUCUCCUCAUCUACAACUACACCCAGAAGGACUAUUGGCCUUUUGGGGACUUCACCUGCAAGUUCAUCCGCUUCCAGUUCUACACCAACCUCCACAGCAGCAUCCUCUUCCUCACCUGCAUCAGCGUCCAGCGGUACCUGGGUAUCUGCCACCCCUUGGCCUCGUGGCACAAGAAGAAGGGCAAGAAGCUGACAUGGUUGGUGUGUGCUGCAGUGUGGUUCAUUGUCAUCGCCCAGUGCCUGCCCACCUUUGUCUUCGCUUCCACCGGUACCCAGAGGAACCGCACUGUCUGCUAUGACCUGAGCCCACCCGAUCGCUCCUCUGCCUACUUCCCCUAUGGCAUCACCCUCACGGUGACCGGCUUCCUGCUGCCCUUCGUGGCCAUCCUCGCCUGCUACUGCAGCAUGGCCAGGAUCCUGUGCCAGAAGGACGAGCUGAUCGGCUUGGUGGUGCACAAGAGGAAGGACAAAGCCGUGCGGAUGAUCAUCAUCGUGGUCAUCGUCUUCUCCAUCAGCUUCUUCCCCUUCCACCUCACCAAGACCAUCUACCUGAUUGUCCGUUCAUCACCCAGCCUGUCCUGCUCGGCUCUGCAGGCGUUUGCCAUCACCUACAAGUGCACGCGUCCCUUUGCCAGCAUGAACAGUGUCCUCGACCCCAUCCUCUUCUACUUCACCCAGCGCAAGUUCCGUGAGAGCACCCGUUACCUCCUGGAUAAGAUGAGCAACAAGUGGCGUCAUGACCAUUGCAUUACCUAUGGCUCCUAGGUGAGGACAAGGGCACCCUGGUGUCACCAGGAUCAGCCAUGGGGCACUUUUGGCUUUAAGCUCCAUAGAACAGAGAUGGCUUCAGCUGGGGACAUCCUGGAGGACAAGAGGAUGGUAUCUCCCAAGCUUUCAGCACUUCCAUCUCCAUUGCAGCAGCACAGUAUUAACCCCAUCAUGGCACAGAUCCAGUGUCCUCUGCUCAAUUUGAGCCAGCUUAACACCGUGGCUUCUUAGUGGCCAAGCCACCAAUGCAAUACAAACUACUGGUGGGACCAUGGGGAGCAUGGUGGGACCAUGGAGGACACAGUCCCUGGCUCAGGACAAGCUGCUGUGGGGUGAUUUCUCCCCUGUCUGGUUUAAAGAUACCCUGAUGGGGCCAUGGGGAGGGUUUAGUUCAGCUCAUGCAUGUCUGGAGAACAUGAGGAUGUGUUUUUGUCAGCUCAAGAUCAGUGUCGUGGAUGUUCUAUGGGAUAAUACUGGGACAUCACUUUUCCCCAGUCUCCAGAAUGAGGCCACACCAGUAAGAGACAUGGGCCCACUGGUACCACGCUGGGAGAGCAUUCCUGGCCAAACUGGGAGCUGGGAAGGGGACAUAAGGGUAACACCCGUGCUGGUUUUCCCACCUCUAACCUUGGACUGGGUUAGACACAAACCAGUGGUGUUGUCUCCUGCUUGGGCACCUUCAGCAUCACCUGGGUCCAGAUCCCUGCUUAGCCCAGCACCUAAACCAUGGAAUCAACCAUGUUGGAAGAGACCUUUAAGCUCAUCCAGUCCAACCAUUCCCAGCACUGCCC